AUGUUCCGCUUCAGCAAAACCCUCGACCCAAUAACCCUCUUCCACGCCCCAAAGCUAGCAAGCAGCACACGGGUGUUAAACAUCCUAAAAACUGCCUCGAUCAACGCAUCGGAAACAGCAACAGAAGACCAAGCAAGCGACCACUCAGCACAUGCGAGACAACAGCGCGGAGACUUCGAGCUAGAGGUCACCACUGACGCUCCGACAGCUGAUCAGCUGCGCAGUAUCCUUGAUUACAUCUCGCCUGUUAGCGGUGUCGGUGGACAGGGCGAGAAGACCGUUUACGGCGUUGCUGAGUUGGUUAAGGGGGCCAAGGAUGCUAAGGAUGCUUUGAGAUUGUUUAAGGAGGAUAAUGGUGUUUUCGUUCGUCCUGUUACUGUUGACUGGACUAAUGGCCGUGCUGUCAUUGGCGAGAAUGAGUCUGAGAUUUUGCGCAUGGUGCGCCGACUGCCCGAAAACUAA